CCUCGAGAUGAUUAUCUUAUUCGAAAUGACCGAGAAGUCAUUACCUUCGAAAGAGAUCAAGCAUUGGCAUCAUCAAAAACGCUCCAAUCAUUCCAAAUGCCAGCAGGGAACUAUGAAUUUUCGUUCGGCAUUCCGUUACCAUGCGAGAUGAUGGAUACUGUGACUGGUAUCAGGAACAGCUAUCACUCGUAUAACGUGCAGAUACUUCUUUCUCGUCGAUUCAAAAGCGACUUUAUUGUUUCGAAGCCUGUUCGCAUAUACAAUUCGCCUAUCCUUGAGAUCAACCAUCCACAACCAUUCCCCCGAACGGUUGUUCAAUGCCAAACCGAUGACGGUAUGCAAUACUGUGUUUCUAUUCCAGAUACCAAUAUCCCUUUCGGUUGCAGUUUUCCCGUGGAAUGCUGGUUUGCCCCUCUGAGAAAGGACCUGAGACUCAGCAGUGUCACAAUAUCAGUAUCUGAGAAACAUCGACUCAAAAUCGCCGCCACGGCUGCAGAGACUGCGAUGCACAACAUAUUGAACGUCACUUCAACAAGAAACCAUAAUAUUUUCACAGAAACCUAUGAUCUCUCGGAACCGACCGCAUCUUCGGACACUAACUCAGCGCCCCUUGAAUGGAAUCUUAACAAGACUAUUCAACUCCCUUGUGAAUUCAAUACCUGUUCACAGACAGUAUCAACAAAGUCAAUCAAAAUUGCCCACACACUGAUUGUGACAGCUGAAUUUCAAAGCCCCGGUGGGAAGAUAUUAUCCAAGAUUGAAGAGAAUAUUCCGUUCAGCAUUUAUAUGACUUCUGCUUUGAUCGGAGAGGACGGGGUUGUUCAUCGCCAGGACUUCAGGAGCUUGCAAAAUCAUGGGAACCCUCCGCCUUCUUACGGUCAUCACAAUUCUGACCGAAUGCUCAUGGAUUUCCCUCCUGAUUAUUCUGGCGUCCCAUCUGUGCUGAAUUCAAUUCAGAUUCGAUGUGGACAGGCACUCAAUUCCUCGACCUUUUUUGAUGCUCCUGAUUGCGAUCCCCCUCUCUACGAUACCUGCUGCACAAUAUGA